GGCGAUAAUUGCAAUCAUCAUUAAGAUCCGGCGACAUAUAUGUGAGUCGAAGCCCAAGUCCCACAAAUCGUUCUAGAAAGAAUUGAGUCUUGUCGCAGUUCGAAGUUCCGCCUUUCACGCUGGCUAUAAGAUACACUGAUUCCAUGCGAAAUAACCAUUCAUGAAUUCUCGUACUUGGCCCUCGUUCCUUACUCUAUUCCAGCCAUCUCCUGUCCUGCUACCUUAAGCUGAGAAAAGAUGCAUCUAUUUGUACCAUCCUUUAAAGUACCCGUAUGGUAUCAAUCCAGAUCGUUGCUGGUAUUGGCAUACCUUGUGACUCCGGCCGUUGGCCAACUUGUGGCUAGCACCAGCUUGGUGACUCCUUUGUUUCCGCUCCUGCAGAAUGGAAAUCUCACGGAACUCUUCCGCAUGCCUAUUUGCGCUGGAACCUUCAACUAAGAAGAAGCGACCAUCGACCAGAUGCAGAAGGCCAUGGAAAAUGGCAUUCUGACGUCUCAACAGCUGGUCAUGUGCUACAUGCAACGCACUUUCCAGACUCAAGAGUACAUCAGUUCCGUAAUGCAAUUGAAUCCGGACGUCAUGACGAUCGCAGCCAAAAGGGACGAACAACGAAAAGCAGGCCAAGUUCUCGUUCCCCUCCAUGGAAUCCCUAUGGAAACAACUGUUAGGAGCUAUGCACUACUCGGCAGUAUCGUACCUCGCGAUGCCUUUGUGGUUGCUUGUUUGAGAGAAGCAGGAGCUGUACUCUUCGGGAAGUCCACAAUGAGCGAAUGGGCCGACAUGCGGAGUACAGGAUACUCUGUGGGAUACUCUCCGCGCGUUUUCAAUCCCAUGGGAAGUAGCUCAGGCAGUGCAGUAGGAGUGGCUGCCAAUGCGAUCGCCUUUUCUCUCGGCACAGAAACCGACGGCAGUGUCAUUAGACCUGCUCAUAAAAAUGGCGUCGUAGGCAUCAAGCCGACUGUCGGACUGGCUUCACAAGACGGGUGCGAACAUCAAGACACGGUCGGCACCUUCGACUGCCUGCACAACGCGACAUUCGGCAUCCCAUGGAACAGCUUUUGGGCCAUCGCGAACGAAGAAACCAAGGCACAGCUUGGCAGUCUGAUAAACCUCAUCCAGGAAAAUGGCGGCACCAUCAUUAACGGUACUGAGAUCACCAAUCAUGUGACUGUUGUGAAUAAAGCAGGCUGGGAUUGGAAUUGGCAAGGCAAAAUAGGUCACCCUGAAAAAUCGGAGUAUACCGUCGUUCUGGUUGAUUUCGAUAACAACAUCAAGAAAUAUCUCUCUGAACUCCAGAACACGAAAAUGCGAUCGCUCGAAGAUAUCAUCAAAUUCAACUACGAGAACGACGGGACCGAAGGAGGGUAA